CCGGAAGUCCAGGGGACUUUCUAGCUCGACGGCGCGCUCUAUGGCUUUGGAGGACCGCGGAGGCUGAAAGGUGCAUGGAGCGCCUUCUGACUCAGUGACAGGCCGCUAUGGGGAGCCGCGGGUAAGGGCGGAGGUGGUCCCCCGCACCGGUCGGGCUUGUGUUCCGUCUCCGCAGAGGCCCCCCCCCCAGCUUGCCGAGGCAGCCCCAGUAACCCCGGCUUGGUGAGAGUCCUAAUGUCAGGCUUUCCUCCCAGAAGCCUCACCUGAGGGGAGACUGACUCUGACCCCUGACCCGUGGGACCUCCGAUGGGCACCAAGCUGGCGCUGCUGGGCGCUCUGUACUUGGUGCAGGGCCUGCCCCACGGGCUGCAGGCGGGGCUGCUGCCCCUGCUGCUCCGCUCCCACGGCCUGUCGCUGACCCGCGUGGGGCUGACCCGCGCCUUGCACGCGCCCUGGCUGCUCAAGGUGGCCUGGGCGCCGCUGGUGGACCGGCGCGGCUCCCCGCGGGCCUGGCUGGCCCUGAGCACCGGGGCGCUGGGACUGCUGUGCUCGCUGCUGGCCGCCCUGCCCCCCGCAUCGGGGCCCGGCGCGUCCGGCCUGCCCGCCGGGGCGGCCGUGCUCCUGCUGCUGCUGAACGCCGGGGCCGCGAUGCAGGACGUGGCGCUGGACGGGCUGGCCGUGCGGCUGCUGGCCCCCGCCGAGCUGGGCCCGGGCAACACGGUCCAGGUGGUCGCUUACAAGGUGGGGGCCGCCUUGGCCGGUGGGGGCCUUCUGGCAGUCACUCCCGACCUCACGUGGGGGCCCCUCUUUCUCGGGCUGGCCACAGCCUAUGGGCUGGCAGCCGCCCUGGCCUGGGGGGCCCCUGCCCUGCAGCUCCCCCCCCCACAGGCCCAAGAGAACCACUGUCGCCCCCCGCGGGGGUUCCGGGCGCUCCUGGCCGUGCCGGGGACCCCCUGGACUGCCGGCUUUGUCCUCCUCUACAAGCUAGGUGAACAGGGUGCCAUCAGUCUGUUCCCUCUCUUUCUGCUGGACCAGGGUGUGCCUGCUGCGGAAGUGGGGCUGUGGAAUGGCGUUGUGGCUGUGGGCUUCUCCAUUGCAGGCUCUUCCCUGGGCGGGCUCCUUCUAGCCCGGCACAGGCAGCCCCUCCCUCUCCUAAAGCCCCUUCUGCAACUGCGCAUUGGGGCCCUGGCUUUCCAGAUGGCUCUGCUCUCCUGCUUCCCUAGCGCCAGUCUGGGCAGCCUCUUAAAAGGAGCGGCCCUGGUGAGCCUUGGUCCCCAGCACUUUCUGAGCGGCACAGUGACCACCCUGACCUUUGCCCUUAUGAUGCACUGCAGCCAGCAAGCACACAGCACCAUUCAGUCCACUCACUACAGCUUUCUGGCCACACUGGAGCUGUUGGGGAAGCUGCUGCUGACCACAGGGGCAGGAGCCCUGGCAGAUGGCCUGGGCCUGGGGCUGUGCUUCAGCCUCUUCCUGGCCCUUUCUCUGGUGGCCUUGCUCUAUCUGGACUUGGCUCCUGGGAACCUGGGCUGAACAAGGAGAGAGAAGGAAGGGAACAUUCCCUCAUCCCAAACUGGGGCUGGACACCGGGACCUAUUUUCAGUAUUAAUAAAAACAAAUCCAUGAGCUUUUUAUUUCCCGUCUUGAGGGUUGUUCUCCUUAGACAGUAAAUGGUAGUUGGAAUGUG